CUCAUUUAGUGAUCGCUGUUCGCAUCGGAGCAUGAAGGGCAGGAAGAAGCCCAGGACAUCCAUAGGGCAUGCUGAAGAAACCAAGGCAACGGAAGAAGAGGAUGCCGUCGAGGAUCACCAUGCGACAACCACGAACCAGUCCCCGCAGGAGCCUGCCUCGAAGAAGCAUGAAAGGAAACGCGUGGGAUCUGAUGACGUGGGAACCACGAAAGAUAUAUCCAGGAAGACACAAAAGGAGAAACGAACGAGUGCCGAGGACAGGCAUCGCAAAAGAGGAAGUCACGCAGAAGAUACCACUCGCAGAACAUCGGGAACCAUCACGGGAGCAGGCGGCAGUCGGAAGGUGAAAGACGAGACACACAAAGCCGCUGCAGCAAGUCAUAAGCAGCCCAAAGUGCUUCAAGCAACCAGUGGGGCUUCAAGUGUUGGAACACGGAUGCUAUACCAGAUAAAGAACAGGUCCUUGAUGUCCAGCAUCACCGGAUUCGCCAGCAUCUUCAUGUUCACCGUUCUUGCCACGGUGUUCCUCACGAUUCACUUCCGCACGCGGCGCAGUGUCGUACCUGGAGAAUGCUCGACAGUCGAGUGCGAACAGCUCUUGGAAAAUAUCACUAGGUUCCUAGAUAAGAACAUCGACCCAUGCAAAGACUUCUACGGCUACGUAUGCAGCAGAUGGAAGGAUCUGAGCGCAACGGUGACAUUCGCCGACGAAACCGAAUCGGCGUACUACGCGAAAAUCCACAACAGUAUACUGUCUGAGACUCCCAGAGCUGGUGAUCGCUUCGGGAAGCACAUCCUCGUUGGCCUCUACCAUGCGUGCUACGUUUCUAUAACCCGCGGUACCAUAUCGCUGCAGGAUGUUUUGAACGAAAGCAGCAAGUACCUCAAUAUUUCUUCCGUCCUUUCGGCGACGGAUUUCUCGUCUCUAGUUCAACAAAUCUCCCGGAUUUCUUUGACAUUGGGCGUCCAUUCUACAUUCUGCUUUGGAUAUCGACGUGUCGACCUUGCUGUCUACUUCCAUGUCCAAGUGCAAAAGUCCCUUUUAUAUAAAAUAGCGUUUGCCGGCAACGGAAGAAUCCAAUCGAGCAAUCCCUUAACCGAAAGAUACGUAAGGGAGGUUACGAGGUCCUUGAAUAUGUAUACGGAAGUCAAUCAAGUGUUGCAGUUAGACAGCUUUAUAUACGAGGUCACCGAUCCAGAAGCUACAACUGCAUGGGUAAACUUCUCCGACGUUAAUAAAUUGCUACAAGGGCCUUCAGUAGACGUUUUGGUGAAACUCAUAAACAAUAUCGUGCCGUCGAAUCGAGCUGUGCGUCCCAGCGAUAAGGUCCGCGUUACUGGCUAUGAGAUGCUGCAAAGAGUCCAGGAAGCACUCAAAAAUGCUUCAAUGAAAUUGAGCGCCGUUUACGUUAGUCUGCAUCUCUUGAUGGACACUACAAUAGAAUACUUUAUGCGAAGUACUAGCCCUAUAUUAGUUACUGCAAGACGCACCUGCGCGCGUAUCGCUCACAAGGCCCUCGGCUACAACUGGCGAUUCCUUGUGUCUGCUAUGGCUGAAUUGCACCGCGAUGCAUCAUCCCUCAAAAUUAUGGGCCGUGCCACCAAAUCUUUCUUGCUGGACCAUACCUCCUGGAUGGACGCAAGUACUCGGAAGGAAAUGAAGGCUUCUUUACAAGGCCUCGAUUUCUUCACCUACGACCCCGAAGAUUUAAUGCCAACGGGCACUGACUACUCCGAUUUCCAGGUUCCUAACGGGUCGUACGCGCAGAUCUACUUUGCAGUGAGGAAAUUCAUCGGCUCCAGCGAAAUCCUGAGCAAAGCAGCCGAUUCAAUUUCACGAUGGCACGACCGCAUAGGGGUGGCCCGUUUUACCGAUGUCCUUCGCAGGAUCAUGGUACCACCCGUCUACCAAUUCCCGCCCAUGUAUUACACGGGUGCAGACGUACCGCCAUACAUCAACUACGCCACAAUAGGCGUUCUCAUGGCGAUCGAGAUGAUUCGAUCGUUUGACGCAAGCAAGAUCCAGUGGUCGUCGAAAGGAAUGCAAAAGCUGCGUGACACACGUUUGUGUUUGAAAAACAUAAGGAACACACUUGGCCUCAAAGAAUCUACGGAGUUUGACGGAGAAGAAAUAUUCGCGUGGGCGUACGGGCUCAGGGUAACUUACGAGACACUCAAGGCCACGGUGAAACGACGAGGGGAGAAAUUUUACAAGGACAGCUGGCCAACGGAGGAGUACUAUUUUCUCAUUCGCUUUUGCAUGCUAUCCUGCGUGGGCCAUUUAGAACACUCGGACAGCGAGCGGCAACGCUGCAUGGUUCCGGUGCUGAGUAACCCGGGCUUUUGGAGUCAGUUCAAGUGUAAGGAAGAACGAAUCCUGCCACCGUGUCUGAAAUCUUCUAUUUUUGAAAUGCUGGAGGACUGACGGUUUUCUAAAGUAUCGUACAAUAGCUAAAAACACGUGUCUGGUCAUUGUUUUCUGCGAAAGAUAACGACGCUGCUGAAUCGUCCGCGAACAUCAUAGAUUCACACGUUCUAUCCAAGGCGUUUCAUUUAAGUUAACGGCGCAUGGCACUCGAACGAGACCGUUUGCAUAAUGUCAUAAUGUCGUGCAAAGAUAGUUGGUGUAGUUUUGUUUUUGUUUCCUAAUUCGGUACCCUUUAAUUGAAACUAAUGCUGUAACUUUAAAUUUUUAGGAUUAGAGUAAAAGUGUCCAAUGCGAUGCGCCAUCUUUUUUCUUACCAAUUUUUUUAAAGGUGGGGCUCAACCUAAAUGAAAAACCCUG